AGCUCAACCCAGUUUCUGUUUUCAGGAAGUGAAACUCACACAGUCGCUGUGACUGAGAGCAGAAAUGGAGCAGAAUCAGCCGGACCAAGAAACUCUCUCCUGUUCGAUCUGCCUGGAUCUACUGAAGGAUCCGGUGACGAUUCCCUGUGGACACAGUUACUGUAUGAACUGUAUUAACAGCUUCUGGGAUGAAGGUGAGCAGAAGAAGAACUAUCACUGUCCUCAAUGCAGAGAGACAUUCACACCGAGGCCUGUUUUAAAGAAAAACACCAUGCUAGCAGCUUUAGUGGAGCAGCUGAAGAAGACUGGAGUCCAUGCUGCUGCUGCUGAUCUCCGUUCUGCUGGACCUGAAGAUGUGGCCUGUGAUUUCUGUACUGGAAGAAAACUGAAAGCCAUCAAGUCCUGUUUAGUCUGUCUGGCCUCUUACUGUGAGAAACACCUUCAGCCUCAUUAUGAUGUGGCUCCUUUAAAGAAACACAAGCUGGUGGAGCCGUCCAAGAACCUCCAGGAGAACAUCUGCUCUAAGCAUGAUGAGGUGAUGAAGAUGUUCUGCCGCACUGAUCAGAAGCGUAUCUGUUAUCUCUGCUCUGUGGAUGAACAUAAAGGUCAUGACACAGUGUCAGCUGCAGUAGAAAGGACUGAGAGGCAGAGAGAGCUGGAGGAGAGACAAGGAAACAUCCAGCAGAGAAUCCAGGACAGAGAGAAAGAUGUGAAGCUGCUUCAACAGGAGGUGGAGGCCAUCAAUCACUCUGCUGAUAAAACAGUGGAGGACAGUGAGAAGAUCUUCACUGAGCUGAUCCGUCUCCUCCAGAAAAGAAACUCUGAUGUGAAGCAGCAGAUCAGAUCCCAGCAGGAAACUGAAGUGAGUCGAGUCAAAGAUGUUCAGGAGAAGCUGGAGCAGGAGAUCACUGAGCUGAAGAGGAAAGACGCUGAGCUGGAGCAGCUCUCACACACAGAGGAUCACAACCAGUUUCUCCUCAACUACCCCUCACUGCCAGCACUCAGUGAGUCUACACACUCAUCCAGCAUCAACAUCCGUCCUCUGAGACACUUUGAGGACGUGGCAGCAGCUGUGUCAGAGCUCAGAGAGAAACUACAGGACGUCCUGAGAGACUCAUGGACAAACAUCUCACUGAUGGUCACUGAGGUGGAUGUUCUACUGUCAGAACCAGAACCAGGACCAGAACCAACGACAAGGGCUGGAUUCUUAAAAUAUUCAUGUGAAAUCACAAUGGAUCCAAACACAGCUCACACAAUGCUGGUUCUGUCAGAGGGGAACAGGAAGGUGACAAGGAUGAAUCAACCUCAGUCUUAUUCUAGUCACCCAGAGAGAUUCACUGAUUGGUUUCAGGUUCUGAGUAAAGAGAGUUUAACUGGACGUUGUUACUGGGAGGUGGAGUGGAGAGGGUCAGUUUUUGUAUCAGUCGCAUACAAGAACAUCAGCAGAGCAGGAGAUGGGAAUGAAUGUAGAUUUGGAGGUAAUGACAAAUCUUGGGCUUUAUAUUGUAACAGUUCUGAAUUUGGUCACAACAACAUCUGGACCUCCAGAUCAGGUCCAGUUUCCUCCAGAGUGGGAGUGUACCUGGAUCACAGAGCAGGUAUUCUGUCCUUCUACAGCGUCUCUGAAUUCAUGACUCUGAUCCACAGAGUCCAGACCAGAUUCACUGAGCCGCUACAUGCUGGAGUUUGGUUUGGGUCAUCAGAAAGUUCUGCAGAGUUCUGUAAACCCAAAUAAAUUUCCUCUCUCAGAUUUUCUUCUCUUUUGUCUCAAAGUGUUUUAUAAAUUGAGGAAAUAAAGAUGUUGUAAAAUGGUCUUAAAGUUUGACUUGUUUCAUGUUUUAAAGGAACAUUUUCCUCUGAAGUUGUUUCUGUUCUGCUGUUAUUAAACUCUUAACCUGAAAACCUUCAUGAAACCUCAGAUUGUCUGUAAAAACUCUGAAAAGUUUCCUAAUGAAUGAAAACAGAAGAAAAGAAAAGAAAUUCGUUCAAAUCAUCUGAAGUCAAA